CCUUGUGCUGAGCCCGGCAACAAAACACGUCACCUGCGUACGUCACGCACGUCGUGAGUGUUUGAACGUGGCGCCGCGAAGGCGAAAAUAAAAAAGAGAUUACGCGAUGUAUGCUCUGUGCUUUUAAAUGUCCGCAGAUCACACGGUAACGAAACCUUGAACGAAUGCUUGCUUACGUUAACAGUCGAUGCUUGUCGCGUGAUAUAUCCGCUCUCGUUAACUGAACAGACAUGACGGCCACGGCUUGUAAUAAAUGGAAGGGCUUGUUCACCGUUGGAGAGGAGUUUGAUGAUGAGGAUUUGCUUGAAGCUGAUUGGACGUGUCCACCUGAGCAGGCAUGUAGUACAGCUUCUUCUGUAGCACCAUCAUCUGAAUCCUCACAUGUGCAGCAGAGCUCUGUUAACUUGUCAAAUGCGUCCGAAUCUGGUUCGGUUCUGACUCUUCGUACCCCAGCAUGUGGCACUAUCAGUGCCCUACCAGAUCUCUCCAUGCCCUGCCAUCAGUCAAUCUCUGCAUCCGUUUCUUCUCUCCGAUUGCCAGUGUUAUUCUUGCAACCUCCCUCUGAACCAAUAAACCCUCCACCCCAGGAGUCUUUUAGAGUCCUACAGAGAGACCUCCCUCCUCAAGAUGACUUUGAUGACUGGGACGUGGAUCUGGAGGAACUGGAUAGCAUUCCUCAAGUGGUUUCUGAGCCACAAAAUAAUCCAGCUGCACCCUUAAAAAACAUUUCACCCGCUAAACGCAUGAGGCCGUCAGCGCCAGAAGUGUCCUCUCAUGGAAGGUCCGCCGCCAUCUCGUCAGUGUCCGUUACACGGCCCUUAGUCAACACCUCAUUCGUGUCCAUUAUCCAAGGCCCCAUGAAUCCAUCUACUUCGCGGAAUGCAAAUCUCAUGCAUGGUCCCACAACUCCAGCCUCGCGAUUCCCCAGACCUGUGACUCCCAGGCCUCCAGUUGCGUCACCUCAGCUGGGGGCUUCAUCACAUAGGACCCCGCUGAAGCCUAGAGGGUCUCUCUUCCACUCUGUGUGUUCCACUACGGACUCCUCUUCCACAUUUACACCUCGUGCUCUCAACACGCCUGUCCUGACCAAUCACCUGGUCCAGCUGGUGUCUGCAGCCAAUAAGACCCCUCAGAGACCACAAAGCCGCAUGAUGCCAGCCAAGGCACGCCGUUUUCCUGGCCCGGCCGGAGCACUUCCACUACAGGCCAGCGGACGAAGUCUUGAUGACAUUGUUGUGGCGGUUCCUCAGACGCCUGCACAUGGAGCUGUUGCUCGGCUAAGAAGUGAUGUUUCCAGCUCUCAGGUGAUUGAGGAAGAGGAGUUCAGCAGGGGUCCGUGGGCAGUGAUGAAGACUGAGAUGGGAUUGGACGAGAAGAACCCUUCUUGCUUUCUUCACUCUUACAGUGUUGUCAUGGUACUCCGCAAGGCUGCUCUCAAGCAGCUAGCCAAGAAUAAGGUCCCUAAUAUGGCUGUCGUCUUGAAGAGUAUCACGCACACACAUGCAGAUGCAAAGGCCGUCUUCAGAGAUCCAACAGGUGAGAUGCAGGGCACAGUUCAUCGUCGCCUGGUGGAGGAAAGACUGGGAGAGCUCAAGACAGGAGCUGUGUUGCUACUCAAACAAGUGGGUGUGUUUUCACCAUCACAUCGAAAUCACUACCUGAACGUCACACCCAAUAACCUACUCAGGAUAUACCCGCCUGACGGGGUCUUCCACAACUCCCAGCCAUCCCACUCUCCACUGGAGCUUACGUUGCAUAGUGAAUCCACAAGGCCUGCAGGGGGCCCCGUGUCUCUGAUGGAGCUCCACUUUGAUGAUGAAGACGACAGUGAAAAUGUGGUUGAGGAAAACCUGGCUUCAGAUGGUUUAGACACUGCAGCUGUCUCUAAUGAGCUCUGUAAAGCACCUACAGUGUCCGGACAAACGGGAGACGCAGCAUGGGACACAGAUGACCUUGAUGAGCUGCUCGGAGAGUUACCUGCGGAGGCAUAUGAUGCACUACAUUAAUCACAUGGUCACUUUAAAAGGAAAGUUAUAGUCAUAUUAUAACCAUGCACACCAAUAGACGAGCAUUACCUGCUACCCAGGCUACUGUUCAGUUUUUGUGUAAACCUUUUGUAAAUAUGUACACGAAUCGCUUGUCUCUUGCAUAAAUUGAAAGAAUAAAUACCUGAUGGGACCUGUAAA